UGUCUUUCCAAGAUGCCCCCUCCCUUGGACUAGGAUUCAGAGCAUAGUCUUCUGCGUCGGGUGAUUCGUAAUUGGUGAUUCAACCGGACGGAGCACAGCAUCUCACCCGCUCUUAAGCUUCAUCACAACCUCUAACCAGGCUCUUGGGUAUGCGUUUCCGCGUCUAUGGCUGCUCGAUUGGCUGGGCGACCGCUAUAUGUAGCUGUCGUGUACGCCGUUUUUUGUCAAAUGCAAAGGGCAAACCGCGCACCGCAACAUCGAGGGGCAUGUCAGCCAUGGAAUCACAGCUGAGACCUGGUCAUCGGAGGCGGACGACACAAACUAGUGUCCACACAUACUGCGACCCAGACUACCAAUCGAAGUAUUCCUUUUCAGCCUUACCGCUCAUCACACCAGUUGAAAAUGAUGGGGAUCGAGGGGAUCGUGAUGAUUCCACUAUUUGUCUUAUGGGGCGCCAUUGUUCUUCUGCAGGCUUAUGCCAGGGUAGGACAGGAGAAGCGCUGCUUUCUCACUGUUGCGCCCCACCGCGCUCUUCUGUUUACCACAUCCGCAUCUGGCCACUCUUCCAAUUACAGAUAUCAGGGUACGUACCUGCCAUGGUGACACCAGCUCACCGCCUAAGUACUGGCGUCUCCUUGUAGUGCGGCGAGAAAGAUGGGGCUCCCAAAGCACUCACCACCCCGUUAGACAGCUUCUAUGAACUAAUGCCAAACAGGCCCUGAUGGCUCAAUCUUCACGAAGGGAUGCCUCGAGAGGGACCGCCACAAUCUGUCUCAGUGAUGUAUGCAGGAAAUAAGUGUAAUGGUCAUGGCUUCAAUGGAUUGACGUUGGAUUUGGCGACUAUACCUUGCGACUUGUGUGACUAAGGCAUAGUUCAACGCGCGCUCUGAUAUACCUUGAGCGAUGCCUAUGAAAUUCUU